AUGCUCCUCUUUGACCUCCCCACCGAGCUCAUCUCUAAAAUAUUGGUUCACGCCGUUCUCGCCCGUGGAAUUAAGAGAGCUUUUAGGCUAAGGCUUGUAUGCAAGCGGUUUUCCCAAGAAAUCCAGCCUGCAAUUUUUGAGUCGCGACUGCUCGACCCCUUGUACACAGAGAAACUCUUGUCCGAUUGGUACAUCGAGAACGAUCAUGGAGCCAGCAAAUUCUGGCACUCCUAUCUCGUGUACAGAGUUCAGAACGAAGUCCCCAAGCCUCCUCAGCGCCGCUAUCUCGAUAUCCGCCUCGUUGCUGAGCGUGUCUGUAAAGAAACCGGCGCUGACGUGGGGGCUACAAUCGAAACUCUCUGCUGGCCGGCAUUGCAACAGGGCACGAACCCGGGCAGUAACUCCAAGCUAGAGAAAGAGCUACCGCGCCCUGACCUAGACCUCUUAUGCGCCGCGGCGUAUCUAAAUCUCGUCCCUAUAGCGAAACGGCUGCUCCAAGAAGGCCACUCUCCCCACAGCAAUAGCCAUCUCUUCUCUUCGCCCAUGAAACUCGCUGCAUGGGCAGGGAACGCCCAGAUGCUUGAAAUCUUCCAGGAUCACGUGCCCGAGAUGGAAGGUCUUGACCCUGCGCUUGGGUUCAAUUACAACUGGAGAGGGAAGGUAGGACCAGAUUCAAUCCGCGGGGCCGCAAUACGGGGAGAUAUAGACAUGGUUCGUCUGGCCGUAUACCCCCCUUCACGUGCCGUACCAGACAGCACGGAUUUUGUCGGUGAAGCGUUCGGAAGCGUUGAUCGCCGUAGCAGCAUAGGUAUUGCGCUUGGUUUAGCGCAAUGGGUUACGAGGGAUGUCGAGGUGUAUAAGUACCUUGAGAGCUUCUUCUCUGAGCCCGACAAGCUAUCUCGUGCCCUAGCAAAGCAUGCCCGUUUGGGAAACCUCGAAAUGGUGCGGCAUCUGCUCGAUGCUGGGGCCGAUACCCGCGGAAUCUCUGGUCGAGCUGGAAACCCGCUCGUCGAAGCUUGCCGAAGGUGCCACGAAGACGUCGUUGAUCUCCUAUUGGAACGAGGUGCCGACCCGAAUUUUGACGGAGAUGAGGAAAGAACACAAGGGAGUAAUCCGAUUGCUAUAGCAGCCGCUUCAGGAAGUAUGGCCAUUGUUCGCAAGCUGCUUGGUCACGGCGCCGACUUGUGCCACGAGGAUAUGGGCAUUGAGAUGGGCUACCACGCAUUAUAUGCGGCGGUGCACCUUGAGCAUACUGAUAUGGUGAAGUUUCUUGUGGCAGCGGGUGUUGAUUUAGGAGUCUACGGGGAGACGAUACUGAAGUCGGCUUUGUCACAGGGUCUCGACUCAAUGGUUGAAGUACUACGAGGGGAGGGGGUAGCUCCCAGCCUCAGCUGA